AAUGAUUAUUCACACGAAAUGGCUGAAACGAUCUGGGCAGAGGCAUUGGCAUGCGUUUCUAUACAGCAAUGGGAAAACUAUUGCCGUCAUACUGAAACCAGAAUCUUGGAGGACUAUGCUCGAGAGGUAUCAGAUGACUGUAAUAGAGAAGCCUAUCAGAUCCAAAUUGUUUGUGAUGAGGAUGACGCAGACAAUGGUGAUGACGAUGGUGCUGACGCAGAUAAUUUCACCGCAAUGCAAGUGACCGUCGACCUUGAUUCACGGAUUCAUAAUUCAGCUUCUUUGGAGAUGAAUCUGGGAUCGGUUCGUCGAUCCUUGUUAACUGCGUUUGAAUCGGAAAUGCUGGCAGAUCCACCCCAAAGUGACGAAGACAUGGUAGCAGGUCUUCAGAUGGAAACUGAUUUCGCAGACCAUUCUGUAUUACCAGCGAUUCCUUCAUCGGAUUCGACAAAUUGUUCCCCAAGGACUUUAGAUCAUGAAUCUCAAAAAGUCAAUGAAGUUGUGAUGGAAUGCAGCAGGCCGUCAAGAGCCAUCACGGAUUCUGUGCUGGUACCAAUACCAGAUCCAGAAAGAGAUUCAAGACCUCACUGGUCCUCAUUGAUGGACAGAAAAGGAGUUGUCGAAUUGGCAACAUCGAUAAAUGGAGUAUUACUUCACCAGUCUGCCAGAUUUCAUCAGGGCCACGAACGUUUUCCGGUAGAGCGCAGAAAUUCCCAGUGCACAGCAAAUGCGGUGGUGGCGAUAGCAGUGCUACUUGGAUCCCCAGUUAAUGUUACACGAGAUCUUCUGGAUCAGAUCUUGAUAGAUGGUGACAGACUUUAUGUCGACUCACGAACUGAGAGAAACAUCGUCUAUCAACAUCUAUCACCAGAAGAUCUCCAAAACAGAUUCACGGCAUGUGGUCAGGCGUUUACCAUCGGUGUUUAUUUCAAUUCUCAGGGGUUUCUGUCUUCAGAAACUACCCUACACGAGAUCACUGAAAGUAUCUCAUCAAAUGCCGCUGUUUAUCAGCACGAACUUGAGCGUACAGGGUUUUUAUAUAUUUCGGAAGGCAAAACGGUUGCGUAUAUCAUUUCUCCACAAAAUCCCAAUUGUACUCGCCAAUAUUUUUAUUUGUUCAAUCCACAUGCAGUGGACAACAAUAAUCAUUUCCCUCGAAUUGCCAGAAAAGGAGCCGCGAGAUUAUUCCGAUGCCUGUCAGCGAAUGCCCUGGCUCAGCUUCUGCUGACCCAAAAUUAUGCCAGAAGGAAUGGAUGGCAAAUGUAUAGAAUUAAAAUUGAAAACAGUACGAAAUAGUAUAUUUAGUAACGGACCUGAAUAAGGUUUUUUUAGCAAUGGUUAAACAUACUAUUUUUAAUAAAGUUCAUAUUAUAAUUUAUGAAAUGUGUAACACGAGGUUUUUUAAUUAUCAUUUUUCAAAUUUUUUGGCAGGGUAAAAGAUUUGUUGUGGGAGAACUUAUUUAUUUAUAAGCGGCGGUUUUUCUAUUGAAAAACUGAAGAUUAGGGGGUGAAAUCGGUAUCAAUCGAUGGGGAAUUAAUUCCCCAGCGAAUGCCCUUGAUUUCAUCCCUUAAUAUUAAUUGGGGGAGAAGUUAUCAAUUUUUAAGUGGGCAGCGGGCAAUUGGAGACUAAAAUCUCGACGAUUUUCGUUGUUGUCGGCAUGUACUCCGCGGUUUUUCUUGUGAAAUAAUGACGAUUAGGGGAUGAAAUUUAAUCCCCCAACGAAUGCCGUUGGUUUCAUCCCUUAAUAUUAAUUAGGGGAGAAGUUAUGAAUUUGUAAGUGGCGAGUCGGCGAUUGGAGAGUGAAAUCUCCAUGAUUUUCACCCUUUUCGGCAUGUUUCCCGCCGUGUUCCUUUUAAAAUAAUGAAGAUUCAGGGUUGAAAUGCUCUCCAGGAGAUUGAGUGAUAACUGGAUGCAGUAGUAAGCUACAUAUUUUUAAUAAUUGUUUAGUAAACUUGGUAGAUCCCUUUAAAAUAAUAUCGCUCU